GGAAUUUUCUUCUCUGGUUAUCGUUCUUCCAAACAAUACUGCCUCCUUCCAAAAAGAAUACCAAAUAAUUCAAAGGGAACCAGGUAAGUCCUCCAAUCAAAAUCUACACCUUGGUUCGACAAAUCCAGGUCUAGGGAAUGGACGGCCUUCAGGCCAUUACCUCCACUCUCUGUGUACGUGUUUUGCAUCCCCUUCCUUCUGUUACCCGAAAUCCCGGGCCAGUUCGCCUUAUUUCCCCCAAUUGCAAAAGAAAAUAUAGUCACAGGAAAAAGAUGACAUUACAUACAAGGAAUCAGACACGCCGGUCCGAGAGCCUCCUCAUCAGAAUGCAAAACCCGCAAUGAAUGCUAUAUAACACCAAAGGACGAUCAGAAAAGGGCCGCGUGGCGACGAGCAU